UCAGUACAGCCCAGCAGUCCGAGAUGACCCACUCCGUCACAGCAACUGUUACCAAGGUGACGACCAGGGAGAAAGUGGCGGCUGUGCGCCAAACCCGAGAGUCGCCGCCACCACAGAAGAAGAGGCAGGUGGUUGUGGAUUCUGAGCUCAGGAAAAGGUUCGACGUGGACUUUACAGAGGUCCACAGCUACAUGACCCGCGGUGAGGCCAUUCUGCAGAGCCCAGAGUUCUCUGUGUCACGCAAGGAUGGCAGCAUCCAGGAGCUGUACGACAAAGUGCAGGCGAUAGAACGCGAGCGGCCAGAGAAGUACCGGAAGCUUCAGGAGGCAACACGGACAGCACAGACCCUGGUUGAGCAGGAGGGGACUCGUGCUGAGGACAUUGCGCAGGCGGCAGAGCAGCUGAACCAGCGCUGGGUGGGAUUCUGUGCCCUGUUGGCCGACAGGCUGGCAUGGCUGGCUUACCAGACAAAGGUGUUGGCCUUCUACAGCUUGUAUGAGCAGUGUGAACAGGCUGUGGACAGCAGUGAGAACUGGCUCAAAGUCCAGGCACCUCCAGCAUCGGAACCAGAACCACUCAAAGUCCAGCUGGAUCGAUGCCGGGAGGAGGUGGCUCGCCUGGAAUCCCUGCAGCCCCAGGUGGACCUCCUGGAGAAGCAGCUGAAGGAGCUGAAAGAGGAGAAGGAAGGGGACGAGGACCCUUCAGCCUUCCUAGAUGCUGACAUCAACGCCUUCAAAGAGCACUACCAGAAUGUCCUGGAGGAUCUGAGGGCCAGAGAGAGGCAGCUUCAUUUGGUUUUGGAGAGCCUGCCCCCGGCCCGUUACAAGGAGACCAUAGCCACGCUGUUGGCAUGGUUACAGCAGUGCGAGGCCAAGCUGGCCAUCCCAUCGACGGCUGUUACAGAAUAUCCUGUGAUGGAACAGAGACUGAAAGACAUUCAGGCUCUCCAGGUGGCGAUGGCCGAACACCAGGGAGAGGUGGACUAUCUGACCGCAGCCGUAGAGCAGGUCUUCCAGAAAGCUCCCCCAGACAUCAGCCAGAAAUAUCGCACAGAGAUGGACGCUAUCACGUCCCGUUGGAGACGACUGGGCUCCACGCUGACAGACAACGCCCAGAGGAUCCAGGAGCUCAUGUCCAAACUGAUGCAGUUUGAGAAUGAUGUCAAGACUUUAAAAAAGUGGAUGGCAGAUGUGGAUGUCUUCCUAAAUGAGGAGUGGCCAGCGCUGGGAGACUCUGAAGCUCUGGAGAAACAGUUGGAGCAGUGCACGGCUCUGGUGAACGACAUCCACACGAUCCAACCCAGCGUCAACGGCAUCAAUGAAGUCGGACUGUAUCUGAAGAAGGAGGCUGAGCCACCAUUUGCCGUCCACAUCCAGAAAGAACUGGACGAACUCAACGCCCAAUGGGAGAAUGUCUGCAAACAGGCCUAUGCAAAGAAGUCUGCUCUGAAAGGUGGCCUGGAUAAGACCAUGGCUCUGAGAAAGGAGAUGCAGGAGAUGCAGGAGUGGAUCAACCAAGCUGAGGAGGACUAUCUGGAGAGGGACUUCACGUACAAGACGCCUGAGGAGCUACGCAAGGCCGUGGAGGAGCUCAAGAGGGCCCAGGAGGAAGUCCACUCCAAGGAGCUAAAGGUUAAACUCCUGACUGACAGCGUCAACAGUUUUAUCGCGAAGGCCCCGCCCACAGCCCACGAUGCUUUGCGCUCGGAGCUGGACGUCCUGACAGCCAACUACCAGCGUCUGUGUAGCCGCCUGGAUGGGAAAUGUAAAACACUUGAGGAGGUGUGGGCGUGUUGGUGUGAGUUGCUGUCCUACCUGGAGCAGGAGAACGCCUUCCUGGACCAGCUGGAGCAAAAACUGGACGAGACAGAAAACCUGCAAGGAGGGACGGAGGAGCUGCAGGAGGCGCUGGAUAGCUUAGAGGUUCUUCUGCAACACCCGGAGGACAACAGGAACCAGAUCCGAGAGCUGGCCCAGACGCUCAUGGAUGGAGGCGUUCUGGAUGAGCUGAUUCAGCAAAAACUGGAGGCUUUCAACAUCCGAUGGGACGAACUCAUGGCAAGGGCAGCACUCAGGCAGAAGGAGCUGGAGAAGAGCGUCCAAUGGGCCCAGGAGAACGAAAAAACGCUGAGGCAGAUCCAGGAAGCGUUGGCCAACACGGACCGCCACCUCACCGCGUACCUGACGGACCACAUCGACGCCCAGCAGAUACCUCAGGAGGCUCAGAAAAUCCAAUCUGAACUGAGCGGCUACGAAGUGGCCCUGGAAGAUAUGAGGAAGAAGAACCAGGACAAAGACUCGUCCCAGAAGAUCAAUGGACAGAUAGACCUUACCCAGAAAAUGCUGGCAGACGUAUGGACCAAAUUCCGUCUCUUCCAGAAGCCGGCUGACUUCGAUUCUCGGCUGGCCGAGUGCGAACGUUUGCUGGCGGGGGUCAAAAGUCAGGUGGGGGUGCUGGAGAUCCGGAGCGUGGAGCAGGAUGUGGUGCAGUCGCAGCUGGAGCAGUGCAUGAAGUUGUACAAGGUGCUGAGUGAAGUGAAAGGGGAGGUGGAGACGGUGAUAAAAACGGGCAGACAGAUCGUCCAGAGGCAGCAGACUGAGCAGCCCAAAGAGCUGGACGACAGAGUCACCACCCUGAAGCAGCUCUACAACCAGCUGGGGGCACAGGUGACAGAGAGUAAACUGGAACUAGAGAAGAGCCUGAAGUUGUCAAGGAAGCUGCGUAAAGAGCUGAAUGGACUGACAGAGUGGCUCGCUGCCACUGAUGCUGAGCUGACCAGGCGCUCAUCUGUGGACGGCAUGCCCAGUGACCUUGAGGCUGAGGUUGUGUGGGCACAGUCCAUCCACGGAGAAACAGAGAAGCAUCAGCCACAGCUGCAGGCCGUGGUAGAACUUGCUGAUGCUCUCAAAGCGGUGUUGCGGGGCCAUGGGGGCCUGGUGGACGACAAAGUCAGCCUGCUGCGCUGCAACUGGAUCGCGGUCACAUCCAGAGCAGAAGAAUGGCUCAACCUUCUGCUGGACUACCAGCGGCAGAUGCAGAAGUUAGACGGAGAAAUCGAGGAAGUGAAUGGAUGGAUCAACGGAGCAGAGAAGAAGAUGGAUGAGAUAGACAGCCAGGGACCCAAUGACGCCGUGCUGAAGGUGUUGCGUGCAGAGCUGGAGCUGACCAGGGGCAAGAUGGAGGAGGUGAGGGCUCUGGCCCAGGAGCUCAUGUCCACCAGGGGGGAGAACUGCCAGGCCCAGGUGGGACCCAAAGUGGAGCAGGUCAACCAGAGAUUUGACACCAUUGCCCAACGCAUUGCCUCUGGACUGACGGCAGCUUCGGCCAAAGAGUUAGAGCAGUACCACAGUGAAGCACAAGUCUGGCUGGAGCUCCUGGAGGAAGAAGCUAAACAGGGGGAAAACCUGAAGGAAGAGGACUUUCAAGAGGACAAGGACUGUGAGGAAGGUGCCGUGAAAGAACUACUGUUGAAAGGAGAAAAUCUACAAAAGAGAGCCCCGGAUCAGGAAAAGAGGGAACAGAUCAGACUGAAACAGAACCAGCUCAACAGCAAAUACAACGCUGUCAAGGACCUGCGUGUGCUGAGGAACAGAAAGGCAUUGGCCAUCGCCCCGCAGUGGUACCAGUACAGGAGGAAGUCACAUGACCUGCUGGCCUGGCUCGAUGACAUCCAGCGCAGCGUGGAGCAGCUGCCUGACCCCCCUGAAGGAGAGAGGGUCAAGGAAAUUGGCUCAGAGUUCGACAAGAAGAAGGAGGAGCUUAAGGAGGUGCAGGGCUUAGCCAAUCAGCUCUCAGAGGGUGGAGCCGCCAAUCUAGUGGAGCCCCGCCAACUCCAGCUCAACACACGCUGGGUUGAGGUGGAGGGCAAGUUCAUACCCUUCAAAAGACAAUGUGACUACCUAACAGAGCUGCAGGCGUUGCUGCGUUCAGUGUCAGAGACGGACUUCAAGCUGAACUCUCCUGAAUACUGGCCUGCAGCUUAUUAUAACCUGCCUCAGCAGGAGCACUGCCUGAAGGAGGUGAAAGACAACAUCGAGCAGCUGCGAGGCCCAGUGGAGGGAGCGCUGGCCCGCAGAGAGGACAUGGUUCUGGGGGCUCGGCCUUUGGGGGCCCAAAGGAUCCAGGAGACUGCCACCCUCCUGAGCACCAACUGGGACAAACUGAACAAGCUCUACCAGGACAGGCUGAAGCGUUGGCAGGACUGCAACUCAAAGUGGCAGAAGUUGGUUUCAGAUCAGAAGACUCUGGAGGAGUGGCUGAAUGACGCCGAGAGCACUUUGAAACUGGCAGAGAGUGAGAAUCCAGCAGCACAUCGACAGCACCUCAGGGACUUGACGGAGGCCAUACCCAGCAACGAGGUGGUGCUGGGUAGAGUGAUUUCUGCAGGAGAGGACAUCAGCCAGUUGAGCACACCAGACGAUGCCCUGCAGCUCAGAACACAGCUCAAAUUACUCAAGACUCGGUGGGCCAACGUCUGCCAGCAGCUGAACGAACGCAGGAGGAGGUCUGCAGAGGCGCGUACAGCAGCUGCAGCGAUGCAGGAGGACAUUGACAGCAUGGCAGGCUGGUUGGACAAGGCGGAGGGCGUGCUGGCCAUCCGUCUGCAGCCUGCAGAGCUGCAGCACAUUAGAGAGACUCUGCCUAAAGUCCAGGCACACGUGGAGGAGCUUCCUGCCAAGAAGGCAACGGUCGAGGAUCUGAACUCCAAACACAAGCAGACAACAGUUCCUGCAGACAAACAGAAAGACAUCAGGAUGAUCAACACCCGCUGGUCUCAGGUGUCCAAGGCUCUGCCUGAGCGUCAGCUGGAGCUGGAGAGGCUACUGAAGGAGCUGGAGAAGCUUCAGGGUCAGCUGGAUGACUUGACGGCCUGGGCCUCCAGCACCAGAGCCAAGCUGGAGCACUGCCCUGAGGAGCCUCCACCCACACUCAUUGAGGAAGUGCAAGUGAAGCACCCAGAGGUGGAGUCAGCGUUGGAGCGAGCAGAGCAGCUGUACAAGGACAUUCCUCCCGGCCAGCCAGUUAAGGUGAAAUAUGGCAAGCUGAGAGAGGACUGGACGGUGAUCCUGGAGCUUCUGCAGCAGCACAAGGAGAGAAUGGCUGCUCUGCUCGUAGCCAAAAAAGCCAAUGAAAGUCUGACAGGAAGUUCCCUCCCUGAAUCAGCAGCUCUGGCUCAGUUCAACAAGUCCUGGGCUGAGCUCACUGACUGGCUCACCAUGUUGGACAACAUGGUGCAGAACAAGCGAGUGGUGGUGGCUGACCUCGACGACAUUAACAGCAACAUUAGCCAGCUCAAGACAUCUUUGCAGGAGCUUGACCACAGGUACCCACUCCUGGAGAAACAGGUCACCGCGGCCCAAAACCUCAAGAACAAAACCGGCAACCAGGAGACUCGCAAUGCAAUUACUGAGCGCAUUGACAGGCUCCAGACUCACUGGGAAGACUCUCAGACCAAACUCUCUGAUCGGAAAAAGCAGCUCCACAACAUGCUGCAGGACUCGACCAACUGGCUGGAUGCCAAGAAAAGGGUGGAACCUCUCAUCAAACAGGCCAAUGACAGACUGGAGUCAUGGCAGGGCAUAACGUACACGGUGGAUGCACUGAAGAAGCAGAACGCUGAUCUGAAGCUCUUUGUGAAGGAGUUGCAGCAGUGGCAGGGGCAGGUGGAUGAAACCAACGCACUGGCCCACAAACUGCUCACGCUGUACGCCAGCGACGACACGCACAAGGUCACCCAGAUCAACAACAACAUGGCGGCCACCUGGACACACAUCAACAAACGUGUUUCGGACAGGGAGGCAGCUCUGGAAGCAGCUCUGAAGCUUCUGCAGCAGUUUUACCUCGACCUGGAGAAGUUCCUCAACUGGCUGACGGAGGCUGAGACCACAUGCAACGUUUUAAUAGAUGCCACCAACAAGGAGCAGCCUGAGGCAGCCAGAAACCUGCUGGCUCAGUGGAGGGACCUCCAAGCAGAGAUCGACGGCCACACGGAGCUGUAUCACUCCUUGGAUGAAAACGGCCAGAGGAUUCUGAGCUCAGUGGGCGAGUCUGAGGAUGGUGUGCUGCUCCAGAGACGUCUGGGUGACAUGAGCCAGCGCUGGAACGACCUGCGCAACAAAACUAUGAGCAUGAGGGCCCACCUGGACUCAGAGAUGGCCCCCUGGAAGAGGCUCCACAUGUCUCUGCAGGAGCUCCUGAACUGGCUGAGACUGAAAAGUCAACAGCUGGAGCAGGAACCGCCUGUAGGGGGCGACGUCCCAGUAGUGCAGACACAGCUGGACACACACCGGGGUUUCAGGAGGGAUCUGAGAGCCAAGGAGCCAGCUGUGACGAAGGCUCUGGACGAUGUGGGAGUCUUUCUGUCUGAACUGCCCCGAGACACGCCAUCACCUGAGCAGAGAGAUAUCAGUCCAGAGGAGCGCGCCCAGAACGUGGGGCGAAUCCUGCGCAAGGAAGCAGAUGAUGUGAUGAGCAAGUGGGACCGGCUCAACGUAAACUCAACGGACUGGCAAAGAAGGCUGGAGCUGGCUCUGGACCGGCUGAUGGAACUCCAGGACGCAGAGGACCUGCUGGACGGACAGCUGAGGCAGGCAGAGAUGGUGAAGGACGCGUGGGAGCCAGUGGGAGACCUGCUGAUCGACUCGCUGCCAGAGCACAUCGACAGAGUUAAGGUGUUCCAAGAGGAGAUCGCUCCGAUCAAGGACGACGUGACACACAUGAACCAGUUGGCGUCCACAUUCGAUCCACCCGACAUCCAGCUGUCGCCCAUCAACCUGGAACGCAUCGAAGACCUCAACACACGCUGGAGGCUGCUCCAGAUCUCCAUCAAAGACCAUCUGAAGCAGCUGACUGAUGCUCACAGAGACUUUGGCCUUCUGCACGGAUCUGUAGAGAGCCCCUUUGAGCAGGGCGUCUCCCCCAACAACGUGCCCUAUUACAUCAACCACCAGACCCAGACGACAUGCUGGGACCAUCCCAAGAUGGCUGAGCUCUACCAGUCUCUGGCUGACCUGAACAAUGUUCGGUUCUCAGCCUACCGCACAGCCAUGAAGCUCAGACGCCUGCAGAAGGCUCUCUGCUUGGACCUGCUGAGCAUGCCGAUGGCGUGUGAGGUGUUCGACCAACACGGGCUGAAGCAGAACGAGCAGCUGCUGGACAUCUCCCAGCUGGUCACCUGUCUGACCAGUCUGUACCAGCGGCUGGAGCAGAGCCACUCCCACCUGGUCAGCGUGCCACUGUGUGUCGACAUGUGCCUCAACUGGCUUCUCAACGUCUACGACACCGGUCGUACCGGAAAGAUCAGGACUCUGUCAUUCAAAACUGGAAUCAUAUCGCUCUGCAAGGCACACCUGGAGGAUAAAUACCGAUUCUUGUUCCGUCAGGUCGCCAGUGCCACAGGCUUCUGUGACCAGCGUCGCCUGGGCCUCCUCCUCCACGACUCCAUCCAGAUCCCCCGGCAGCUCGGCGAGGUCGCCUCCUUUGGCGGCUCCAACAUCGAGCCCUCCGUCCGCAGCUGCUUCCAGUUUGCCAACAACAAACCUGAACUGGAGGCCGCCAUGUUCCUGGACUGGAUGCGUCUGGAGCCCCAGUCCAUGGUGUGGCUGCCCGUCCUGCACCGCGUCGCCGCCGCAGAGACCGCCAAACACCAGGCCAAGUGCAACAUCUGCAAGGAGUGUCCCAUCAUAGGUUUCAGAUAUCGGAGCCUUAAACAUUUCAACUAUGACAUUUGCCAAAGCUGCUUCUUCUCCGGUCGCGUCGCCAAGGGACACAAGAUGCAGUACCCCAUGGUGGAGUACUGCACUCCGGUAUGUAACUCUGAUGUCAAUGUAUACGGUAAAGAUCUGAAUAUUCCUGUCACUCUGAUCAACUUCUGGCCCGUAGACCAUGCGCCCGGCUCGUCACCUCAGCUCUCACACGAUGACACACACACUCGGAUCGAGCACUACGCCAACCGGUUAGCAGAAAUGGAGAAUCGUAAUGGCUCUUAUCUGAAUGACAGUAUCUCACCCAAUGAGAGCAUCGAUGACGAGCACAUGUUGAUCCAGCACUACUGCCAGUCUCUGAACCAAGGCUCUCCUCUCAGCCAGCCCCGCAGUCCUGCCCAGAUCCUCAUCUCCAUGGAAACGGAGGAGAAGGGCGAGCUGGAGAGGGUCCUGAACGACCUGGAGCAGGAGAACAGGAAGCUACAAGCAGAGUACGACCGUCUGAAGAAGGCCCACGACAGAAAGGGUCUGUCCCCGCUGCCGUCGCCCCCAGAGAUCCUCCCGGUGUCGCCGCAGAGUGCACGCGACGCCGAGCUCAUCGCAGAGGCCAAGCUGCUCCGGCAGCAUAAAGGUCGCCUGGAGGCCCGGAUGCAGAUCCUGGAAGACCACAACAAACAGCUGGAGUCCCAACUGCAUCGGCUGAGACAGCUGCUGGAGCAGACGGACUCCAAGGUGAACGGCACGGCGCUGUCCUCUCCCUCCACCUCCUCUCAGCGCUCCGACUCCUCCCUCCCUCUGCUCCGCGUGGCCGCCAGCCAGACGACUGACACGAUGGGUGACGACGAGCUGUCCAGCCCCUCUCAAGACACGUCGGGCCUGGAGGAGGUGAUGGAGCAGCUCAACAACUCGUUCCCUCACAGCCAGGGUCCAAACAUCGGCAGUUUGUUCCACAUGGCCGACGACCUGGGCCGCGCCAUGGAGUCACUGGUCAGCGUGAUGACGGACGAGCAGAGCGCCGAACAGCACGAGGCCCUGCUUUUCUGAUCCCGCCUUACCCCCAACCCGCCCCCAACCCUCCUCCGUCCCGCCCCGCCCCCCAUCGCAUGCUUUUCUAGUCAAAACAACUGGAUUGGAAACAGUUUACAAAGAGAAUAUAUAUAAUGUCUAUUUUUGUGAAGGAUUGCGGUUCCAGCAAAUGACAUGUAAGAAAACAAAAAAAACAUUAUAACUUGUAGAUUUGAGUAGUUUCUUAAACGUCUUGGAGUUGUUUUGUUAUUAACAGAGGCUGGUUUUUAAACUUCUAUGCAAUUGUAUAAAAGGAGAGUGGGGUCGGGGGGCGAUACAGAUCCGUGUGUUCACUGUAGUUCUAUAUGCCGUCUCUUUGUAACUGGGAUAACAGAUAAAGCAUUUCAGACGUU